GGUACAUCGCCAUCUAUUGUCGAACUUCCAACCUUGAUUAUUAGGACCAGUUACUGGCACAUGUCCCCCAUUGGGGAUACAACCAUAAGGAAAGGAAGAAAGGAGUACUAUUUGAAUUCUUGUAACAUUAGGCUGUGAAGCUGUAUAGGAUAUUACUUGAGAAUAUUAAUGGGAUAUUCGUGCCGGGAACGAAUUAUGUCAGUGCUGACGUGUACUUCGUAGCUCUUCGUAUUCCUAUAAAGUAAUAAUAUUAAUUCUGCAGUUAUCCUUUGAUAUUUAACAUAAUGUUAAGUGGUAAUGCAGAUAGUAACAGGUCCACAGUUUUGAUACCGGUGUUAUUAUGCGCCUUUGCUAUACCGAUCUCUAUGCUGUUUUGGAUUGUCAAUGUGACAUAUUCCGUCUUCACUCCAGAUGAAGAAAAUCUUCAUGAUGGAUAUCCAGUAAUUUCACCAUGGAGAUGGCUUGCAGCUGUUGUUAUUCCAAUAAUAUUUGCUGGCUGGGGUCUCAAGAAAAAGAGUCUUGAUUUCAGUGGUGCUGUUCUUGGUUUGUUUAUCGGUUUUGUUAUCACUCUGACUAGUUAUGCCCAUGUGGCAUGUCUUAUAGCUUUCUUUGUCAGUUCCACAAAAGCUACCAAGUUUCGAGCUGACAGAAAGAAAAAAAUGUCAUGUGAUUUCAAGGAAUGUGGUCAAAGAAAUUGGAUACAGGUGUUAUGCAACGGAGGAAUGGCUGCGCAAUUGGCAAUUUUGUAUUUGUUAGACGUUGGAUGUGGAGAGCGUCCUAUCGAUUUUGUUAAAGAUUACAGAAGCUCUUGGUUGUCCAUGGGAAUUUUAGGAGGUUUUGCUUGUGUCAACGGCGACACUUGGGCCUCAGAGUUGGGUACUGUGCUUGGUACAUCUGAGCCUUUUUUAAUAACGUCAAGAAAGAAAGUCCCGCGUGGAACCAACGGAGGAGUAUCAUGGACAGGAAUUCUCGUGUCUGCCUUAGGUGGUCUCGUUAUCGGUUUGUCUCACUAUGUAGCUGUACUGUAUACAGUUGACACUGCUAUUUUACAACUAGCUCCGCCACAGUGGCCUCUUAUUAUUGCUGGAGGAUUUGGCGGCUUGUUAGGCAGUAUUUUCGAUUCUGUUCUCGGUGCCACUUUGCAAUAUUCUGGUUUAGACGACAACGGAGUGGUCGUGGAACGUCCUGGCAAGGGAGUGAAACAUAUUAGCGGCCGACAAGUUUUGGAUAAUCAUAGUGUGAAUCUCUUGUCCAGUAUAGCUAUUACACUGACGCUUCCACGAAUAGCCAAUGUCUUUUGGCCCUCAUAAUCAGAAAGUUACGUAUCAUGAAACAUUCAUUGAUACACAAAUGAUUCAAAGUUUAAGAAUGAUUUUUGCGCAGCUGUUGCCUAACUUUAAUGUCUCAGGCACGAAUGGUGAUACAAAAAAUAUUUGCCAAAAUAUGCAGUAUGGAAGAAAUCUAUUUUCUACAAAUGAAUAUUGAUAGCCAUUGACUUUAAUAUUUCAUUCAUUGUUCACUCGUUUCUUAGUUCUCAUAUUAAAUUAUGUUGAUCGCGAUAAUUAUUAUCGUUCACGUCAGUAACUGUGAUACGGCCAGUGAAAAGAAAAUGAAUGACAACCUCAUAUGGAAAUUUAGUGAUAUUCAGAGCAACAUAACUUUUCGAAAAUUUAUAUCCCUCGCGACGGUAAAACGUCAUAGUUGAACUUUAAAAAUCACAAGAUGAAAAAUCAGUUAACACUAAACCUAUCGACAUAUUAUACAUACCUAUUUCUACCGAUGGCUGUCAAAUGACCGCUUUUGAAAUAAACAUUAUAGUCUUUUCCAGUUGAUUGUAAUUUAUACAGAAUUUAGCAUAGUCGUGCAGUAAGUUCAAGAAAAAUAAAAACCUGGAAUUUAACAAUUUUGAUUAAAGUCUCAAAAGCGGUCAUUUGACCGCUCUGGUAGGUUUAGUGUUAAUGUUCGAUCUUGAGAAAUACUUUUUCCCCUCUCUUAUUUGGUUUUCUCAUUUUUACAUCUUUUAUGAUUAUGUUGCGAUACACGAUGAUAUAUUACGUGCGCGGAAGAAUAAAGGCGGGUAUUAUUUGCUUGUAA